UGCGGGGCGCGCUGGCAGCGGUGGAGGGCGAGUCUCCUUGGGGCCCGUCCCUCGGUCGGCGGGCCUGGUGUGCGCUGGGCGAAGAUGGGCGGCGGCGGGAGCAGCACCCGGCGCGUCACCUUCGAGGCAGACGAGAAUGAGAACAUCACGGUGGUGAAGGGCGUGCGGCUAUCUGACAGUGUCAUUGAUCGUAUGAAGGAACCUUCUUCACCCAGUGGAAGACAGCAGUCUCAGCACCGAUCAUCACCUGGGGCAGUUACAUUAUCCAUUAGAAAUCAGAAUGUGACAGAUGAUGAUGCCUGUUGGCACACAUUUGUUGCAGGCCUUGUUGGAAAUCUCCCAUUUAAUGAUGAAGAACUAAAGAAAAGAAUAGCAGAAGAACUGGCAUUAGAACGAGCCAGGAGAGACUCUGAAGCUCAAAAGAGAAGAUUGAAACAAGAACAAACGUAUGUACGUGAUGAGUUUGGCAAACUUCUGGAACGAGAAAGGAUUUCUUCAAAUGAACAUUUGACUCGAGCCAUUCUUCGAGAGAGAGCUGCGACAGAAGAGGAGCGUCAGAAGGCACAGCGUUUUGCCAAGCAGCUGGAAGAGAAAGACAGAGAACUGAAGAAACAUGAUGCCUACUACAAAGAGCAGCUGGCUCGACUGGAAGAAAGGAGUGCCCAGUUCUACAAAGUUACCACGGAGCAAUACCAAAAAGCUGCUGAUGAAGUGUCAGCUCGGUUCAAGCGAUAUGAGUCUCAUCCAAUCUGCGCUGAUCUGCAGGAUAAAAUUCUACAGUGUUAUCGGCAACACGCUCAGGAGACCCUCAGCUGCUCUGCCCUGGCUAGCCAGUACCUGCGUUGUGUCAAUCAUGCCAAACAGCAGAGCAUGCUUGGGAGAGGAGGAUAAAGGCAUUGUCCAAAUCAAGCACAAGACCAUCAACUCUAAUUUCAGCAGAAGAGCAUUUUUUCCCAAGAAUGAUAUGACAGUCCAUUUACAAGAAUGAUAUGACAGCCCAUUUACAGGGCAGACCAAUAAAGAGAAGAACUGGAAGAGCCAUUUCAAGAGCAGCAGCCAUCACGGCUCAAUCAGUGUGACCAUUUGAAAAGCCAAGACCUGUAUCUUAUUACAUCAGAAAUCAUACAUCCAAAGAUACUGUUCAGUCUUAGUAAAAUCCACUUAUUGGUGAUUGAAGGAAGGAAAAGAAAAGAACUUUUCACUGACCUUAGAAAGGGGAAAUAUUCUUCAAAUGCUGCUAUUUCAGUGUAGAAUCUCCUCAAAAACUUCUCACUGUCGAGGCAUGGGUAUGUAACACUUGGUGUGCUGGGACAUGGUGGUACUUUCUGAACAAGUCAGCCGCUGCUCCGUACUGUACAGCCUGUAUUGUUGCUCAUAUUAAGGUUUUACUUACAAUGUAUAAUGACGUAAAUCGUGCUUUAACUUAUUUCACAAAUUGUGCAACUUAAUGAAGUCUCUCUCCAGGCCUUCUGCUGGAAUGAUGUUGAUGAUCCAACACUUAAGAUGUAACAUGGCCUUUGUUUACGUGAAAUGGUUCUGUUGUGCUCCUCACUCCUAUCAAGUACUGACGAAUAUGCCUCGCUCUGUACCAACAAUAAAUAUAUUUUAUGCACAAGA